AUGCUCCCGCUGCUCACGCCCGUGGAGUCCGCCUGGCAGCCGCACGACUACCUGCCGCGCUCCGCGGCGGCCGGCUCUGAGGCCGCCAAGGCGUUCACGGAGGAGCUGGCCGAGCUGCGGGCCGCCGCGGCGUGCCUUCCCGACGACGUGCUCGUGUGCCUGGUGGGCAACAUGGUGACGGAGGAGGCGCUGCCCACGUACCAGAGCAUGUUCAACCGCACCGAGGGCGUCGGUGACGACACGGGCGCCAGCACCCUCCCCUGGGCGCGCUGGCUGCGCGGCUGGACCGCCGAGGAGAACCGCCACGGCGACCUCCUCAACCGCUACCUCUACCUCACCGGCCGCGUCGACAUGCGCCAGGUGGAGGUCACCAUCCACCACCCCCUCCGCAACGGCAUGAAAAUGCUGAUGCCCAAGAGCCCCUACCACAGCCUCAUCUACGCCUCGUUCCAGGAGCGCGCCACCUUUAUCUCGCACGGCCACACGGCGAGGCUCGCGGUGAAGCACGGCGACCGCACGCUGUCCAAGAUCUGCGGCGUGGUGGCCGCCGACGAGAGGCGGCACGAGGCCGCGUACACCAGGGCGAGCGCCGAGCUCUUCGACGUGGACCCGGACGGCAUGGUGCGCGCGCUGGCCUACGUCAUGCUCGGGAAGGUCACCAUGCCGGGCCUGCUCAUGUCGGACGGCCUCGGCGACGGCGACGGCGACGGCGACGGCGGCGGCGACAGCCUGUUCGCGCGGUUCUCCGCGGUGGCGCAGCGCGCCGGCGUGUACAUGGCGAGCGACUACGGCGACAUGGUGGAGCACUUCGUGCGGUGGUGGCGAGUGGCGGACCUCGGGGGCCUGUCCGGCGAGGGCCGCCGAUCGCAGGAGUACGUGUGCGGGCUGGCGCCCAAGAUCCGGCGGAUGGAGGAGCUGGCGCACCGGAGGGCGGCCGGCGGGGAGCCCGGCAUGGCCCGGUUCAGCUGGAUCUUCAACAGGAGCGUCGUGGUGGGCUGA